CUGUAGGAUGAGGCAUGAAGGUGCUGGGGCAUGAAGGACGCCAGGGGUGAAGGGAUUUGAAGAGGGAUUGAGCCAGGUGGCUCUGAGGUUGUUGGGCAGCAAACUCCAGCAAGGAGGGGCAGGGAUUCCUCUGGGUCUGGGGAUGGCUCCCCCAAACUGGUGCAGUCCCCGGGCACAGUGCCAUGGAAUGGGAUAAUGGGAUCUUGCUCCAAACAGGCUCCUCAGAUCCCACUGGAACUGCUCCUGGGUUUAUGCUGCUCCUGUGUCAGUGGGGCUGUGGGAUCUCUCCUCACCAACCACUUCCCAUGCAGGGUCACGGAAUCUUUUAGGCUGGAAAAGCCCUCUGAGAUCCUUGAGUGCAACCAUUCCCUGCCAGCACCUCCCUAACCCAUGUCCCUAAAAGCCAAGGGCAGUGCCAGAGGAUCUGAACCCAGCCUAAGCCACCAGGAACCUCUGUGACCCCAGGCUGGUGAGUCCCCACACCCUGAGCCCCUGGCCUCACCCUCUGCCCGGCGGGGACAUCCGGCAGCUUGAAGACCAAUAGCAAGAAACAAGAACCGUCCCCAGAUGUUUCCUGCUGCUGUGCCAGCCCCCAGUUUGGCUCCACCUGGAUGAGUGUCCACACCUGGGAUCACCCCAGAAGGGGCUGGAGGAAGGAUCACACACGCGGUCCCGUCCUCGGCGCACACGGGGUUUGUGUGCGGGGAGCGUGGCAUCUCGGUGACAUCAGUGGGGUCACCGGGAUUGUCCCCCACGGCUGGCCCAGCCAGGGGCUCUGACAGCCUCAGGUGCCACCAGAUGCAGACCAGAGUCAGGAUCUUGCAGGAAGGAGGAUUUAUUGCUUCUGUGCUUGUGCCACCUGCAGGACGAAGGAGAGCCUGGGCGGUCCCCACUCAGCCCUCAGCUCCCUGGACCAUUUUCCAUUUCCCUGCGUAGCUGGGUGUUCCUAACUCCCUUAUUCUCCGGUUUCCACGCCAGUUCCCAGCCCUGAGAGCAUGGCUUGGAAGGAGAAGGGUACGAGCCCACCCUCGUGUUUCAUCCAGCACCUGGACCACCUUGUGCUGACUGUGAAGAGCAUUGAGGACACCGUGGCCUUUUAUUCCAACGUCCUGGGCAUGGAGGUGGUGACUUUCAAGGGGAAUCGCAAAGCUUUACGUUUUGGCCAGCAGAAGUUCAACCUGCACGAGGCUGGGCGGGAGUUUGAGCCCAAGGCUCGGCGCCCGGUGCCCGGCUCUGCAGAUUUCUGCCUGAUCACAGCAGCACCCCUGGAGAAGCUGGUGGGACAUCUGGAGGCCUGUGGGGUGCCCAUUGAGGAAGGUCCCGUGGCCAGAACUGGUGCUGUGGGUCCAAUAACCUCCGUCUACUUCCGAGACCCCGACGAGAACCUGGUUGAGGUUUCCAGGUACGGCAUGGAUGUGGCUGCAGACACUGAAGGGAAGCCCUGAGCAGAGCCCAGGCUCUGCCUGGCUCCCAGCAGGAGAUGGACUGGGUUUACGGAGGCCAGGUUUGGCUGGCCCAUUUAAAGAUCCAAGCUUUAAUUGUGUAAACCUGGGACAAGCCUCAAACCAUAGCCACAAAGUAGGGCUGCAAGGACAUCAGGAGUUUUCCCAGGACAGCCUGCUCUGCUCUGGGUCUGAAUCCUGAUUUUAUAAUCUCCAUCACAGACACUUCAUGGCCUUCUGGGAAGAUCUGUCUUGCUGCUGCUGCAGUGCAAUUUUUGGGACAAUUUCCCUAAUCCCUCUUGCUGCAGUUGAAGUCCUCAUUCCUACACUGCCCACCUGCCACUCCUCUCCUCUUCAAAGUCGCUUUUCCCCAGUUGGAAAUUUCUGUCUCGCUUCCUCUCAUCCUCCUGCUUCUUGUCUCAACCUGCUCGGUGCUGGUGGCUCUCCCACCAAGCCAGAGGUUUAAAUCCAGCUGUGACUGUCCAAACACACUCCUCACCUGGGAUUUGGGGAUUUGGCCUCGGUGUGACACUCAAACACACCUGAAACUGAAGCUCCAAGUUUCAUCCUCAGCUCUGUAUCAAUAAUUGUGGGGUUUCUGUCACUCAGGAAUGGAAAAAGCAGAGAUCAGGAUCCAGUUCACCUGGAUUUAUGCAGGGGUUGAGGAUGGUCUGACACAGAGGAGUCUGACUCUGAUAGCACCUGGUUACUUGUGGGACUGUCCUAAGUUUUCUUCUUCCUUUAAUGAAUUUAAAAGCCAUUUCAAAGUAAUCUGAAAAGUAUAAAACAAUGAAGGAUUCUCAAGCAGAGCAGUUCCCAGGCUGGCCACACUGAGGUAGCAUCGUUAUCCUCAUGGGAACAGCAAUGGAAAGGAGGGAGAACUCUUCUGACCUCUACAGUCCAAAUCCUCUAUAAAAAUGAAACAAUCUCUCAAUCGUAAUCAUUUUUUCCUUGCUGGAAUUUCUCAGGAAAUCCGAAAUUCUUCAUGGUGCGAAAAAGAGGCGAGGCCACAAAAUAUUCAGUGCUUUGGAUGAUCAGCGGGGAUAAGCUGGUUUCCAUUGAGUGGUUUGUGGGAGCGAAAGACAGGAAUGCCAUGGGAGAAAGCCACGGGCAUCUCCUCGCCUUCACCUUGUGGAUAGAGAUCCGGGAAGGGAUCCCAGGAGGGACUCCCGGGAGCGGAAUCCCCUCGGUCCCGGCGCCCGCGGAGCAUCCGGCGGCUGCUCUCCAGGGUGCUGAUUCCCCCGGCCGUGUCUGUGACCCUCGCAGGGUCGGUGCCCACGGGAAAGGGUUAAUCCCCACGGGAGAGGGUCAAACCUCAUGGGAGAGGGUUGAUCCCCACGGGAGAAGGUUGAUCCCCACGGGAGAGGGUUAAUCCUCACGGGAGAGGGUCAAACCCCAUGGGAGAGGGUUAAACCUCCCAGGAGAGGGUCAAACUCCACGGGAGAGGGUUGAUCCCCACGGAAGAGGGUCGAUCCCCAUGGAGAAGGGUUGGUUCCUGCAGGAGAAGGUGAAUCCUUGCAGGAGAGG